GCUUUCGGAAUAAUUUAGAAGCCCAGAGUAGGCCAUGGGGAAAGGGAAGCAAGGACUUGAAACGUCAGUGGAGACACAAUUACAGAUUUUUCAUUCAAACGACCUACAUUGUGAGAUGAACCCGAAAAGGGAGGACAACGAGGAAGACCAAGAAGUACUGAAGGAGCCCCCACAGAGUCCCCCGGAAGAGUGCCUGAUCGUCUAUGGUCAGAAGAAGAUUAUAUUUGAGGAUCCAGCGGCCGAUGAGCAGAAGAACCUAAGGAUGGAAGUCGAUCGGAAUCAAGCCCGGGUGCUACAGCUGCAGAAUAUACAGAAUAGACAGAACGACACCAGCUCCGAUGACGAUGUCGACGAUGACUCUGAGCUAGACACCGAGUCGGAUUUUUAUUAUGAUUCAGAGACCGACUCCGGGUUUUUUUCCUCCGAGCAAUCAGACUGAGAACAACGGGCGUACUUGUACUUUCAAUACAUAAUAUAUAUAAUAUAAUAUAUACAAACAUGCAACCCAGA